CUCUUCUAUUUGAUGUCCAUCAGCGUAUUAGGUGUUUCUGCUUGGAUGAGAGACUACCUGAAUAAUGUUCUCACUUUAACUGCAGAAACAAGGGUGGAGGAGGCCGUCAUUUUGACUUACUUUCCUGUGGUCCACCCAGUCAUGAUUGCAGUCUGCUGUUUCCUCAUCAUAGUUGGAAUGCUGGGCUACUGUGGAACAGUGAAAAGAAAUCUGUUGCUCCUUGUCUGGUACUUUGGAAGCUUGCUUGUAAUAUUCUGUGUUGAACUGGCCUGUGGUGUUUGGACCUAUGAGCAGGAAAUAACGGUUCCAGUGCAGUGGUCCGAUAUGAUCACGCUGAAAGCUAGGAUGACCAAUUAUGGUCUACCUAGGUACCAGUGGCUGACCCAUGCUUGGAAUUUCUUCCAGAGGGAGUUUAAAUGUUGUGGGGUGGUGUACUUCACAGACUGGCUGGAAAUGACAGAGAUGGACUGGCCACCUGACUCCUGCUGUGUCAGAGAGUUCCCGGGAUGCUCUAAGCAGGCACAUCAUGAGGAUCUCAGUGACCUUUAUCAGGAGGGAUGCGGUAAAAAAAUGUACACUUUUUUGAGAGGGACGAAGCAAUUGCAAGUCCUGAGAUUUCUAGGAAUCUCUAUUGGAGUAACGCAGAUCCUGGCUAUGAUCCUUACUAUUACUUUGCUGUGGGCUCUGUACUAUGACAGAAGGGAUCCCGGGGUGGAUCAGAUCAUGUCCCUGAAGAGUGAUACCUCGCAGCAGCUGUCAUGUCAUUCCGUGGAGCUACUGAAACCAAGCCUGACAAGGAUCUUUGAACACACAUCCAUGGCAAACAGCUUUAACACACACUUUGAAAUGGAAGAGCUAUAG